AUGGUGAAACGGCCCAAGACCGGCCAGCAGGUGCGCGCACCCCCCGCGUGUUCCCCCGUUCCUCUCCCCCUUGCCCCCCUCACCCCUUCCCCCUCACCCCCAAUCUCCCCCCUCCCCUUGUCCCAUCGAUUCCCCCCUUCGUGUGCUAGGACUGCUUCUUCUUCCAUCUCCUCUAGUCGGAGAUUCAAGUGUGCAAGGACUGAGUUGACUUUUGAGUCGACUCAAAAGUCAUGCCUGCGUCCUUCCCUCUGCCCCACUUCCCCCCCUCUCCUGCCCUCCUGCCCCCAGGUGUGCAAGGACUGCUUCUUCCGCCUGUUUGAAUCGGAGAUCCAUCGAACCAUCGUGGAGAACAGGCUCUUCAGGCGAGGGGAGAAGGUGGCCGUGGCAGCAUCAGGGGGCAAGGACUCCACGGUGCUGGCGCACAUCAUGUCUCUCCUCAACACACGCCAUGACUACGGCCUGCAGCUGUUCCUUCUCUCCAUUGACGAGGGGAUCACGGGGUACAGAGAUGACUCGCUAGAGACAGUCAAGCGGAACGAGAAGCAGUACGGCAUCCCUCUCACCAUCCUGUCAUACAAGGACCUGUACGGGUGGACCAUGGACGAGAUCGUCGCAACAAUCGGCCGCAAGAACAACUGCACGUUCUGCGGGGUGUUCAGGCGACAGGCUCUGGACAGGGGAGCAGCGCUUCUGGGAGCGGAUAAGCUAGUCACGGGGCACAACGCGGAUGACUUCGCUGAAACUGUGUUGCUGAAUCUAUUGAGAGGCGACGUGGCGAGGUUGAGUCGCUGCGCGGCCAUCACCACGGGGGAGGACUCUGCCCUGCCCAGGAGCAAGCCGUUCAAAUACACCUACGAGAAGGAGAUUGUCAUAUAUCCGCCCCCAACCUAA